AUGGCCGCCCCGCGCCCCGGCCACGUCAGCGCCGCCGCGCACAGCGCCCCGCCCGGCGCCCGCAGGGCCCGCACCAACCGGGCCCGCUGCCGGCCUGCACACGGCGGGGCAGAGCCUCUCUUCCACACGGGACGUUUGACCCCUAGCACUGUCGGGCCCUACCAGAGAGAGGACUACAACUCCCAGCGUGUCUUGCGCCGUCUACACGGCACUCCUGGCGAUGGGAAGACUACAAGAGGGAGACUACAACUCUCGCCGUACCCCGCGGAGGAGAGAGAGCACUUCCGCUCCCGGCGUGCCUCGCGGCCUGCGCCGGUGCGGCGGGAGGCGUCAGCCCUGGCCGAGCGGGCCCCGCCGAUCGCGGGCCGCAGCCCUGCCUGCCGCCCGCCCGCCACGCCUAGGAGGGCCUCCGGUAGCUGCCAGCCGGGCGGCGCGGCCCGCUUCAAGUGCCCGGUCCCAUCUCCGAGGUCCUGCCAGCUGGAUGGAGCCCAUGAAGAAGCCUUGCGGUGUGAAAUUGAAGACCUGAAACAGAAAGACCAUGCUCUAGACCAGGAGAUAUCACAAUUAUUGUCCGAAGGCUACAGCCUGGAGGAACUGGAGAAGCAUAUCUCUCUGCUCCACGAAUACAACGACAUUAAAGAUGCUGGACAGAUGCUGCUGGGCAAGCUGGCUGUUAUCCGAGGGGUUACUACAAAGCAGCUCUACCCUGAAUACGAUCUGGAGCUUAGCGACUAGCAUGGAGCCUGGAGAUGGCCACGUCCUGCAAAAAUGACUGUUAUGGGACUGUUUUGGUGUCCUGUUGGUUUAGAGCUGACAUAAGGUGGCCUCGGACAUGCGUGUAUAGAAUUGCAACAGAGUAUGGGUUAACACCCUGAUUUCUAAGCAGCUUUGGAAUGUGAAAAGUGUUGAAUCCAUCGUUUCCUGCUUGUGAGAAAGGGAUGUAGGACUUUGGAUAAUCUCAUCUACUACCUGAUCAACAGUAUAUUUAUUUCUUUCUGGGGAAGGUUGUAAUUCAGGUGGAUGUUAAGACUCUUCUCAUGGAGCCUUUGCUUCUCUACAACAUCCAGGGGCCAUUUGGAUACGGGAUGGAUAGAGGAAGUGAGGGCACACAGGUGUGCAAUGUAAAAGCUGCUGUGAAAGAAAAAGAAACAGAAGUAGGGAAAGAGGAAGGCUGAAGUUGUGGUGGUUCGAGGGCUUGGGGUUUUUUAUGAUCAAACCCAGAUGAAUCUAGGUGUUCUGCAGUUUUGUAUUGAGCUGCUCUGGUAUCUGGAGGUUUUGUAUCAUUUCUGUAGUAAAUGGCAAAAUGUGAAGUUGUGUUCAACUGUCUGUUCUGAAUAAA